AUGGAAAUAUUUAAUUUUGGGAAAUAUAAUGGAAAGAGUUUUGAAGAAGUUUAUGAAAAACAUAAGUCAUAUGUAUCAUGGGUUAAAAAGCUAGAUAACCCUACAGGAUCAUUAAUAUUAUUUAAAAAUUAUAUUUUACAAAAAGAAGGUGAAAAAAAUGACAACAAUAUAAAAAGUCAGAAAUCAAAUAAUGAAAAUAUAUGUACUAUGUUUGAAAAAAAAAAAACAAAUGAAAAUAAUAACUUAUGCGAUAAAGGAAAUAUAUACGAUUCGUACGGUAAAAAUAAAAAUAUAAAUAAUGAUGAAAAAAAAAUUAUAGAUAAAAUGAGCAGUAGUGAAUAUAAAAAUUUUGAACAAAGUAUUAUGAAUCAAAUAAGUAAUAGUAACAACCAAAAAGAAGAAAAAAUAGAAUUAGAUAUAAUAGUUGCAUUUGAAAUAUUUAAUGAGGACUAUUUUAAAAUAGUACAAAAAGAUAAUAAUACAAGAAAAUUUGUAGGUUUUAAAAAUUUUAUAUCUAAGGAACUUUUUAAAAUAAUAUCUGAAUUUAAUCCUACCAUAAAGAAAAUUAAUAACUACUCUUGCAUUACAUUUGAAGCAGAUCAAUAUGAAUAUAUUUUGAAUAAUUUAAAAGAAAAAUGUACUAUAUUAGGUGGUGUGCAUACAAUACCUAAUUUUUUGUUAAAAUGUUUUAAAAAUUAUGCCAAAUUUUCAGAACCUAAAAAAAUAUGUGAAAUGACUGCAAAUAUAUUGACAAAUACUAUGUGUAGUUAUACCAAAGAGCAUUACGAUAAAUUAGAUGUAUUAUUAGGUGAAAAAUUAAGUACCGAAUUAAAAAAAUUUCAAAGAGAAGGAGUUUAUUUUGGGUUAAAAAAAAAUGGAAGAGUAUUAAUAGGAGAUGAAAUGGGAUUAGGAAAAACAUUACAGGCCUUAGCUUUAAUGGCAUUUUAUCAUAAUGAUUGGCCUUUUAUUGUUGUUUGUCCUUCUUCAAUUAGAUUUCAAUGGAAAGAUCAAGCUCUCAGAUGGUUAUCUCAUUUAAUAAGUGAAGAUCAUAUAUGCGUUGUUAAAAGUGGUAAAACGGACAUACCUCCUAAUUGUAAAAUGAUUAUAAUUUCUUAUGAAUUAAUAACGAAAAAUGAUAAAUAUCAAAACAAAUACAAGAGUAUUAUAUGUGAUGAAUCUCAUUACUUAAAAAAUUCGUUUUCUAAAAGAACUAAAGCUAUUACACCAAUUAUAAAAGGUGCGAAGAGAUGUGUUUUGUUAUCUGGAACUCCUGCAUUAAACAAGCCUUCUGAAUUGUAUGAACAAGUUUCUAGUAUAAUACCAAAUUUAUUUAAUUAUCAUGAGUUUUGUGAUAGAUACUGCUUUAAAGAUAAAAAUAUAUAUACAAGAAAAAUAGAGUAUGUUGGAUGUAAACAUACAGAAGAAUUACAUUUAUUUUUAACAAACACAAUAAUGAUAAGAAGAUUAAAAAAAGAUGUACUGAAAGAAUUACCUGAAAAAUUGAGAUCUAAAAUACCUGUAGAAAUACCACCAAAGGAAUUAAGUGAAAUUUUAACUUAUUAUAAAAAAUUAGAAAUGAAAAAAAAUACUAGUAUAGAUGAAUUUGAUGAAGUUCAUUUUUCACAAAUGAAUAAUUCAAAAUCAGAGGAUGGUGAAGAAGAAAAUGUAUCAAUUUCUCACUUAUUUAAAAUGACAGGAUAUGCCAAAGUGAAGGCUAUAAAAGAUUAUAUUUCAUAUUUGAUUGACGCCGAUAUCAAAUUUCUAUUAUUUUGUCACCACAAACUAGUGAUGGAUGAAAUAGAAGAAUUUCUAAAAGAAAAAAAGACUUUAUUUAUACGUGUUGAUGGAUUAACUUCAAUGGAUAAGAGAGAAUUGUAUAUUAAAAGCUUUCAACAAAAUGAAGACAUAAAAAUUGCAUUGUUGUCUUUAACCGCUUGUGGUAUUGGUUUAAAUUUAACUGCAGCUAAUACAGUAGUAUUCGGUGAACUGUAUUGGGUUCCAGGACAAAUAAUACAAGCAGAAGAUCGUGCUCACAGAAUAGGAACUACUCAUGAAAAUGUAAAUAUCCAUUAUUUGAUUGCACAAAAUACUAUUGAUGAAAUAGUAUGGAAAAUUAUUAAUAGAAAAUGGAAUACCUUAACCACUGCAUUAAAUGGAAUGGAAGAUUCAUUAAAUGUAAAAGAGGUAAAUAAAUUUGAUGAGUUCAUGGUUGAUUUAACAAAUGAUCAUAAUAAAUCAUAUCCGUCUUCUUUAGUUAAUACACCAAAAGUCAGGAGAAGAUCUUCCGAAUUUCGAUCAUUUGAUAGUAAUGGUAAUAAUAAUAAAAAACAUAAAGAUAUAAGGGACUUCUUCAAGCCUCUUAAUAAAUCUGUUGAGAAAUCCAACAUUAAUUCAAAAAAAAAAAGAUCUUAUAACUCUCCUAUUAAAGAUUCUUCUUCAAGCACUUCACCAAAUAUUUUCAACAAAAAAUUUAAAAAUGAAAUAAUUUAA